AUGUCUAGCAAAGCAUAUGCUUCCAAGAAAAGGUCUCAACAGUUAAAAAGAAAUCCAAAAAGAAAAAUUGAUGAUAAGGAAGUGGAGUUAUCAGAGAAAGAGGCUAAAAAUACAGUGGGAAAAAAUAAAAAUCAUCCAAAGCAUCUGUCUUCUGAAGGACAAACUAGUCUAAGACAGGUAAAGAUAGCAUCCAGCAGGAGAAAAACCUGGCAGCCUCUUUCAGAGAGUAGCAGAAAGCAUUUGCAAACUAUGAUGGAAACAGUCAUCAUAGCAAUUUUGAGUGACAAAGUUAGAGAAAAUGAACAAAUUCAGUAUCAUCUCAACUUCCUGAAGAAAAGAUUGCUACAAAUAUUUGAAACCCUAAAAGUCCCUGCCCCAAAACUGAAAGAUUUAACUAACAUGUCAAGUCUACUGAAAAUGGAAAGGGCCCGUCACAGAGCCAAUGAAGAAGGCCUGGCAUCAUUGCAGGAAGAAGUGGAUAAAAUAGUAGAGACCAUAGAGGCAGUGACUGGGAAUAUCCAGAGCCUAAAGAACAAAAUUCAAAUUCUGACAAGUGAGAUGGAAAAAGAAGAGGAGAAAGUCAAACAGAUGUUUCAAAUAGAUAGCAGUGGGGUACUCUCCCUUCCAGAACUUCCUCAGAAGACUCUCAAAGCACCCAUACUUCAGGAAGAAAUUUUGGCACAAAUUCCAAACCAGAAAGCUCUUCUGAAGGACUUUGAUGUUCUCCAUAAUUCGUCUCAGACAAAGAACAUGCUAACUUUCAUCGAAGAAGCCUAUAAGAGAUUGGAUGCCUCUUGA